GGAUGCAACGAGAAAUCUUCCUUGAGUUAUUAUCUAAGCUAGACGAGACCUGCAAUAAGAUUCUUGUUGGAACUGAAACGGAUUAUCGCCGCCUUAUUCCUACGGAUGGCUCAACUCAGAUUCACUAUUAUUGGCCUACCAAUCCUGACACAAGGAGUAUGUUUGAGGCUAUGUGGCAUGACAUAACUAACCAGACAGGAGGGAACAUUACUGCAGUUACUAUUCCUGUAAUGUUUGGAAGGUCUAUUGAGAUUCCUCAAAGUUGUAGCGGUGUGGCAAGGUUUGACUUCGAGUAUUUAUGUGGACGCCCAGUAAUAUCCCACUCUUUGAAUUUACAUUUCUCGAUAAUCAAAAUGUUAUUCAUGAUAAUGGCGCUGUUGGCUUGAAGAAACUAUAUAUGGAGUAGUAUCUUUCUUCCUUUCAACUGUAUGAAUUUGGAACUGAAUUAUAAUUCUAUGCAGGGAGAGAUGUUUUGAAUGAACCCAAUAAGACUUGCUUUGGUUCUAUUAUUUAUUUACU